AUGGCCUCUAGAGGUUUUCAAGAAGAGAUUGGACAGCCAUAUUUCUGGAAUAAUAUAGGACUAUGUUUCAUUACUAAACUAGGUUACAUUAUCAGUCCUACCUCCAUCCCAUUCUUCAUCUGUGAAUUCGGCCUCGUUUCUCCAGUGCAUCGUGGCUUCUUCUGCAAUGACAGUAGCAUCAGCUACCCCCUGCACCAUCCUGAGACCAUCACCGACACAGUGCUCAUUUCAGCAGGCACCCUGAUCUCCUUCCUAGCAAUCACUGUAGGCGAAAUCUGCCAUGUGCAUCAUCUGCCUUGCAGAUCACGCUCUACACACUCCAAUCCUUAUGUGGCUGCCCUCUAUAAAGAAAUUGGGACCUUCCUUUUUGGUUGCUGUGUGGGUCAGUCACUCACUAACAUGGCAAAAGUUGCUGUAGGUCGCCUCCGUCCACAUUUUCUGGCUGUCUGUCAACCUAAUUUCACUCACAUUGUCUGCUCUGCCGGAUACCUGGAGGACUAUGUUUGCACUGGUAGCCGCUCUAAGGAAAAGGAGGCCAGAAAAUCCUUUUACUCUGGCCAUGCCUCCUUUGCCAUGUAUACCAUGAUGUACUUAGUGUUCUACCUGCAGGCCCGAUUCACCUGGCGAGGUGCUCGACUGCUACGGCCACUGGUCCAGUUUGUGUUACUGGUGCUAGCCCUGUACACGGGGCUGACUCGCAUUUCAGACUAUCAGCACCAUCCAUCUGAUGUGAUUGUGGGACUGCUGCAAGGAGCACUUGUAGCCUAUUGGGUGAUUAACAAAGUUGGAAGGGAUCUUAUAGGUCAUCUAGUCCAACCCUCCACUCAAGCAGGAGACCAUAACAUUUCUGACAAAUGGCAGUGCAAUCUCUUCUUGAAAGCUCCAGUGAUGAAGCUCCCACAACUUCUGAAGAAAAGCUGUUCCAUUGGUUGAUUAUUCUCACUGUCAGAAAAUUCCUCCUCAUUUCUAGGUUGAAUCUCUCCUUGAUCAGUUUCCAUCCAUUAUUCCUUGUCUGGCCUUCAGGUGCUUUGGAAAACACACUUGAAAAUUGGUUUAAAAAUUUCUUAAAAUUUCAUAAAACACAUAUAGUUAAAAGGUUAUGUGUUAUGUGACAUCUACACAAGGCUUCUAAAUAUUUUGGUUAGUGGAACAUACCAUAUUUCUGUGUUAAAAUGUGAGAUAUGCACCACUCUAAAAGACACCCUCAUUUUUAUUUUUAUUUUUUGCACUCUAUGGCAACUGGAUUGCCCACCACCAGCAUGCUUUAGGAAAGCACUAUGGAGUAAAAGCAUUUUGCCUACAAUAUUGAUUUUUACCAAGGCACAAGAGGCAAGGUGAUUUCCUUCAACAACAGGUAGCGUUAACUUACAUCUGUCAGUCAUUCCCAAGGCAGACAUAGUAAAAUUACUUGCCUCGCAGAAGCCUGCCUGGAAGGAGCCAAGCCCAGAGUUACACAGAAGCUAUUAAUUAGCUUCUCAUAGCACUUUCAUGAUUCCCUCUGGAAAAAUACCUGGUUUAAACUCUGGACAGAAACUGUCUGCAAAGUCUUCUGGUACCACACAUGAUAUCCACUCUUGUUUUCCUUUAAAAGCAUCUAAAUUGCUUUUGUACUUUUGAAUGUUCAAUUUUUAACAAUUGAGAAAUUGAGUUCCCUAUCAUUUUAUUUUAUUUUAUCAUUGCAUUUUAUUUGGCAGAGGGGAUGUUUUGUUUUGGUUUUUUUGGUGCUGUUGAGUCAGUGUCUCAACCUACAGCUGUCUGUCCAGCAGGUUUUUUUGGCAAGAUUUUUCCCUUGCCUCCUUCCUUGGUUUGACAGAGUUACUAGCUAAAGAUCGCUCAGCUCUUUUUAUGCCUCAGGCAGGACUAGAACUCACCAUCUUCCCAUUUAGCCUGGUACCUUAAUCACUAUAGCAAACUGGUUCUCUCUUCUGAUACAUUUUUUUAAAAAAAAAGAUUGUCAGGAUGCAGUUCAGAUGCCACUUUCUUUCCCCAUUAAACAGAGAAUUAUCAUAAUGACCAGGGUUGAAUUUGCCACCCCAUGAACAGUCAUCCUAACCCUGGAUCUGAAAAGUUAUUUGUUGAAAUUAAACCUUUUUUAUGCUUAUGGUUUUCCUACAUACCUUACAACUGUAAUGCAAAAUAAUGGCUGAGCUGUUAAAAUUACAAGUUCAAAUUAGUCUUUUUGCAUUUCAAAAAGAUUAUACAAUCAAUUCAGUCCUUUUACAAAACCUCCUGUCCCUUCCCCAAUCACUCUUGCAUGCAGAGGAUGAAAGAGAAAUAGGAAGUGGUCCUGAUUGUCACUGGCUUUAAUUCUUUUCAGUAACCAAUUCUCACCUGGCUGUGGCAAGUCCAAAAAAUUAUCCACCCUUGCUUUAAAUGAGUGUUUUCUACCCUUGACAAGUUUUAAAUGUGUUUGGCAGACUAGGAGCAGGAAGACCAAGAUUCUAGUUCUCUCUUAAGCAUGGAAUUUGAUGGGGUAACUUUGAGCCAAUUGGUCCCAUGCAGACCUAGACAGGGAAGCAAAAAAAACCCCAACCCUUCACCUCAUCUAUAGUAUCUGCCAAUCCACACUGGACGAGGAUGCUAGAUUAUAGUCCAUAACCUUCAACCAAGAGACCUUUAUCCUGCAGUGGAAUUAUUUGAAUAGAAUAAAAUAAAAUACAGAAUAAUAGAUUUGGAAGGGAACUUGGAGGUCAUCAAGUCCAAUCCCCUGCUCAAUAAGAGACUCUAUACCAUUUCAGACAAAUGGCUGUCCAGUCUCUUGAAAGCCUCCAGUACUGGAGCACCCACAAUUUCUGAAGGCAAGCCAUUCCACUGGUUAAUUGUUCUCACUGUUAUGAAAUUUCUCCUUAGUUCUGGGUUGCGUCUCUCCUUGAUUACUUUCUGUCCAUUGCUUCUUGUCUUACCUCCAAGUGAUUUGGAAAAUAAUCUGACCCCCCUCAUCUUUGUGGCAGCUCCUCAGAUAUUGGACCACUGCUAUCCUAUCUCUCCUAGUCCUUCUUUUCAAUAGACUAGACAUACCUAAUCCCUGCAACUGUUCUUCAUGUUUUAUCCUCUAGCCCCCUUAUAAUUUUUGUUGCACUCUUUCCAGACUCUCAACAUCUUUUUCAUAUUGUGGUGACCAAAACUGGAUGCAGUAUUCCAAGUGUGAUCUCACUAUGGCUUUACAAAGUGGUACUAUAGUAAUAUUUCACGUGAUCUUGAUUCUUUCCCUCUGUUAAUGCAGCCUAGGAUUCUGUUGGCUUUUUUGGCAGCUGCUGCACAAUGUUGGCUCAUAUUUAAGUGAUCAUCCACUUGGACUCCAAGAUCCCUCUCAAAUUUACUGGCAUUAAGCCAAGUUUCACCUAGUCUGUACUUUUUUAUUUAUUUAUUUAUUUUUGUCACAACAGUAUACACAAACAAUUGUCAUAGAUAAAUUUUCUUCAACAUAUCUUGAAGAAUAUAUAUAUAUAAGUAAAAACAUAUGCAGUUGUGCAGUUGAUUUUUCUUGACUACAUGUAAAAACUUACUUUUAUCUACAUUUGGGCUGAUUUGAGUAUAUUUAUGUACUCAAAUUCAUGUACUACAUUUGGGCUGAUAAUACAUGUGCACUAUUAUGCAAACAGGCAGUUAACUUUAAAAUGUUGUGAAGGAAGACAAGAAAUGAAGCUCCAUGUUGGGAAACUAGUUAUAAUCUCAAAAGGGCUCCUGAAAUAUUACUUGAAAUUCACCAGAAGUACUUUAUUACUCCCUCCCAGUGCAGGUAAUCCUUGACUUACAAAAGUUCAUUUAGUUAUAUGACAGCACUGAAAAAAGUGACUUAUGACCAUUUUUCACACUUAUGACCAUUGCAAAAUCCCCAUGGUCGUGUGAUUUACAUUCAGAUGCUUGAUAAUUGGUUCAUAUUUAUGACAGUUGCAGAGUCCUGGGGUCAUGACAAGCAAAGUCAAUGGGAAAGCCAGAUUCACUUAACAAUAGUGUUACUAAUUUAAUAAUUGUAGUGAUUUACUUAACAAACGUGGCAAGAAAAGUCGUAAAAUGGGGUAAAACAAAUUGAGCUUAGCAACAUAAAUUUUGGGCUCAAUUGUGGUCGUAAUUCGAGGACUACCUGUAGAUCUAAAGUCGGUCUAAAACCUGACUGAG